AUGAAAUUCCUCAUCGUUCUUGCUAUCAUCGCCCUUGUGGCUCCCAUCUACGGUCAGGAAGCCGAAGAAAGGAAGCUCGAGAAAAGAGGCAUCAGUCUUGGAUUGCAUUCUGCAGGCAUAGGAUAUGGAGGAGGUUUAGGACAGGGAGGCGGUUAUUCCUCAUACAGUGUACCGAUAGUUCGUGUUUCCGGCGGAUAUGGUGGUGGAUCUGGUGGUGGAUAUGGUGGUGGAUAUGGUGGUGGAUAUGGUGGACAUGGACUCGGCGGAUCCGGUGGAGGACUCGGUGGAGGACUCGGUGGAGGACUCGGUGGAGGACUCGGUGGAGGACUUUCUGGAGGACUCGGUGGAGGACAAGGUGGCUGGUGA